AUGAAUGUUUCUAUUAUUGCUAAAGAAGAAGGGAAGAACCGAAGAAGAAGAAAGGAGAAUGAAGAGGUAUGGUUGGUUGAGUGUAAUAAUGGAGAGAGAGGGGAGUGGCGACCCGAGGCCGGAGCUGAGGUCGAGCGCUCGAAGCUUGCUACCGGCGGAGAGGCUGUGCGUGAAGAUGGCGAUUGCUAUUGUGAGAAGACGAUUUCGGUAGAUAGGGUUUCUUCGUCGUCGCGGAAGCAGACAGCUCGUGUUGGGCGGGUAUUUCAAGAAGGUGGGCGCGAUUUCUACCAACAGCAGCCUUCCACUUCCUCUUCUUCUUCCUCCAUUCUCCAAUCCCUUCCUCUACAUGUGUCUUUUGAUCAUGGAUAUUACUUGUUGGUGAAAUCGAUUCAAGAGCUUAGAUCAAAGAAAGAGGGUGUAGUAACAGUUGGAAUAGGAGGUCCAUGUGGGUCAGGUAAAUCAAGCUUAGCUGAAAAAGUAGCAUCUGUAAUUGGUUGCAUUGUUAUCUCAAUGGAGAACUAUCGCACUGGAGUUGACGAUGGCAAUGAUUUGGAGUUAAUUGAUUUUGAUCUUCUAAUCCAGAAUCUUGAGGAUUUGAUAAAUGGAAGAGAUACAUUGACCCCAGUGUUCGAUUUUCAAGGAAGAAAACGUGUUGGUUCACAGGCAAUAAAAAGUAUUUCAUCUGGGGUGGUGAUAGUUGAUGGAACGUUUGCUUUACAUGCAAAACUACGGUCUUUGCUAGACAUACGAGUUGCAGUGGUUGGUGGUGUUCACUUUAGUCUACUUUCCAAAGUUCAAUAUGAUAUUGGAGAGUCUUGUUCACUAGACCUCCUAAUUGACAGCAUUUUCCCGCUCUUCAGAAGGCACAUUGAGCCUGAUCUUCAUCAUGCACAGAUCAGAAUCAACAACAGUUUUGUUUCAUCAUUUAGGGAACCAAUUUACAAACUCAAAUGCAAUAGCGAGUCACAAAGUGGACAUGCUGCCUACAUUUUUCAUGGAAAGGAAGCACAACUGGACAAUUUUAUCGAGAUGUACCUGAGACCCCCUUCUGCAAGUGAAGAAGCACGAAUAAAUGAUUGGAUCAAGGUGCGACAGUCUGGUAUCAAAUACUAUCUAUCACUAGGUGACCAGAGGAUUGUUGACAAAAAUUUCAUUAUUCGACCAAAAGCUGAAUUCGAGGUUGGCCGGAUGACUCUGGGUGGAUUGCUAGCCUUGGGAUAUAAUGUGGUUGUUAGUUAUAAGCGGGCAUCAACUUCUGUCAUUGACGGAAAUCUUUCAGUAUCUUUGGAAACAAUUGAUACUCUUGGAGAGACCUACAUGGUGCUCAGGGGCACAAAUAGAAAAAUAGUUGGAACUGAAUCAUCAAGGCUUGGUAUCAAUUGCCCGUGGAUAACAAAAUCAUAUCUAGAAAUGAUCCUUGAGAGAAAAGGGGUACCACGGCUUAAUACACCUCCUUUGGCUAGUGCAUCUUUGCCCAGUAGUCAAGAAAGGUUGCUAGCAGCUCCAAAGCCACUUCGUAUAACUCCCAACCUGGUCAACCGGCUUGAGGAUUUGUCACAGCCAUGGACUCGGUCGCCAACCAAGUCUAAACUGGAACCUGUCCUGGCGACAUGGCAUUUUCUCUCUCCAGACCCUCUCCUAACUGAUGUAUACUCUGAUCCUCCUUCCAGGGAUGCCCUGCAGCUUGCUCCGAUGCCUGAUUCUUAUGACUUGGAUAGAGGGUUGCUUCUUGCUGUGCAGGCAAUACAGGCUUUGCUGGAGAAUAAAGGUCACCCUGUCAUAGUUGGAAUUGGUGACUCGAUCAUGGAUUUCUGGAUUCUGUUGCCGGAGUCGAUCAUCUGCAAGGGGCCUUCCGUCCUUCGCCCACACCUGGGUCGACGUGGGGAUGGGAACAUUGAUGACAUAAAAAAUUGCCGAAGAACGAAAGUGCCUGUCUUUGAUCUGGAGACUGGUGCUCGCAGUGGCUUCAAAGAACUUGAAGUUUCUGAAGAUUGUGGAGUGGUAAUUUUUGAAGGUGUCUAUGCUUUGCACCCUGAAAUCAGAAAAUCGCUGGACUUGUGGAUUGCUGUUGUUGGAGGGGUUCAUUCACAUCUUAUAUCUCGAGUUCAAAGAGACAAAAGUAGAGUUGGCUGCUUCAUGUCCCAAAAUGAAAUUAUGACAACAGUGUUUCCAAUGUUUCAGCAACAUAUUGAACCACAUCUUGUUCAUGCACAUCUUAAGAUCAGAAAUGAUUUUGACCCUGUACUUUCUCCUGAGAGCUCAUUGUUUGUGUUAAAAACUAACAAGCAAGUGGCUUACCAAGAUAUUCUAAAAAUUCUUGACCCAACCAAGAUAUGCAGUUCCGCUCAGAAUUUUAUUGAUAUAUAUUUACGGAUGCCUGGAAUACCUUCUAAUGGACAGUUAACAGAGGGUGAUUGUAUAAGAGUUCGAAUAUGUGAGGGUAGAUUUGCAUUGCUGAUUCGAGAGCCUAUUAAAGAAGGAAACUUUAUUAUUCAGCCAAAAGUGGACUUUGAUAUCAGCAUAAGUACUGUUGCUGGCCUUCUUAACUUAGGGUAUCAAGCUAUGGCGUAUAUCGAAGCAUCUGCCUAUAUUUACCAAGAUGGAAAGAUUCUUAUUGAGGUUGAUCAUAUACAAGAUGUCCCGAGCCCUUACCUUCAAAUUAAGGGAAUUAAUAAAGAAAUUGUAGUAGCGGCUGGCUCAGCUCUUAAGCUGGAUGAUUCAUAUACCACAAAGAGUUAUCUACAAAUAAUCCUGGAAAGAUUGCCUGCACUGGAAAGGAGUUCAAGCGGGAUUCAUUCUCAGCAAGCUGCGAGAUUGCAGGAACUUGUGGAUUACAUUCAGUCACAGGGUAGCAGUUCAUCUUCAGAGUCAUCACCAAGUAGAGAAGCUUUACCAUUGGAGGGCAUAAUUGAAGACAUGCAGUCGAGGAUCAAAAGGCUCGAAAGAUGGCAUACGAUUAACACUGUGCUAUGGACAUUUCUAAUGUCCGCUUUUGUUGGAUAUUCGCUCUAUCGAAGGAAGCGACAAUGA